AUGGCUUUACUCACUCUACCCAACGAGGCACUCGUUCCAAUCCUGGAGCUACUACACUGGAAGGAUUUCGAGUCAUUUGCGGUUUCCUGUAAAUCCGCCUAUACUGCGUCGUCACCACUGUUAGCGCGACACAACGCUGCGAGACGCCAAUAUUACAAGAUUGUGGGCAGUCCAGAAAGCGUUCUAGAUCUUGUUUCCCAAGACCCGUACAUCGCUCCACUGAUUACUCAUCUCAACCUGGACUGCUGGAACCUGGACAACUGGAGUGAUGACGCUGGCGAAGAGUCCACUCUACUUCUGCUUUCAGCUCCCUCUAUGUCUAUCAACACGCUAUCUACAAUGAUUGACAGUUCGGAGCACAUCAAGCGUUUAGCAGAUAGUGCCAAAUGGACAACACAUCUCCUGACUGGGGAGAAGUCGGAGGCUGCGCGUGACGCCGAAGUUGAUGUUGACACGGAACAAGCUCCUUGCGAUUCCGGCUUCUGCUGGACGGCGUUCCUGCUUUCGCUUCUGCCAAAUCUUCAGACGCUCAUCCUACCUGCUGACUGGCUGCCAGAGCUGCAGGAUCCGACGUCCAAGGGCUAUCCAGACAAUGCCGAGAUAUACGACAGGGAUAGGAUUGAUUGCGUGUGCUUCGUCUCCGAGAUGAUGUUGCAGUUGGUGACGCGAGCCGGGGAUGCGACUCUAAGGGGGCAACCGCUCGCUAAGCUCUUAACACUAGGCCAACGCCCAGAACCUGAUCAGUGUGGGGUCGACUGCACACCUUUACUGCCCUUCCUAUCCCUACCUUCAUUGCGAAACAUCUACCACUACGCCGGGGUGAUGUAUUUGGACAACGACACGGGUCUGGGAUCGCUCUACAAGCCCAUCGGACGCAAUCUGGAGAGCACCGAGUUCUGCGAUUUCGCAGCCAGCGCUGACAGCAUGAAAGCCAUGUUCGGAAAUGCAAAUAAUCUGCGCGUCGUGAAAAUUGGCUACCGGAUGAAAGACGAAGUCUGUUGCGAAUAUGCAGUUCGGGACUUGGUCGAUACGCUAGGAGAAGCGGCAGGCCACUCCCUUGAAGUGCUGAGCUUGACUCUCGGCUACGAUUUUGCUUUGUGGGAGAUGUAUCCUGCAAUCAGGAACUUGGAUUCGUUCACACGGCUCAGAGAGGUCGAGUUCGAUACAAGCUUAUUCUAUUUCUGGGAAUCUCCGCAGAAUGAGUCACCAUUUCACCAGUUGCCCUGCGGCUUUCUCCCGUCUGAGGAUGCGCAAGCGGAGGUUGAUUCAGGACACAGUCUCGAUGAAGGGCAAACCGAGAAAGAUUACAGUCGCGACAGAGGCCAGACUGACGGAGAAACCAUCUUCAACGGAGGCCAUCUGGAAGAAGAUCCGAUCCCCAUCAGAGCUCAGUUCAAAGAAGAUCCCAUUCCCGAUAGAAGGCAGACCGACGAAGCAACCGGAGAAGGAGUGGAUGACAACAGCAGCCAAGCUUCGACUGAGGAGGACUCUGACGACGAUGAGGAGAGCCCAGAAGGAUGCCCUCGACUGUCUAGGCUACUCUAUUCCAGUUUCGCCACAAUUGAGAAGAUCACCCUACGCGUCCCGGCUCUUCAAGCUGACAUGAUCUGUUUGGAACGCCUUCUGAGAGAUAUAGAUCUGCACAGCGAUCACGAAAUAUUCCCGAAGCUGCAGAGCAUCAAAGUCUACAUCUGUGAUUCGGACCACUGGGACCACAAUAUCGGCGGCGCUCGCAAUGAUCUAAUCGGGCAUGCGCAGGCUUGGCUGACGGAGAAGGGUAUCGAUGUCGAGCACUUUACUGCGCAUCCUGGCGAGAGACAGUGGCCUGCUGGUGACUUUUGGUCGCGAAUGACGGCAUAG